UCCCCGCUGGGACGCAGCGCGCGCCGUGACGUCUGCAGAUCGGACUCCUGACCUGGCCUCCUCGCUGUGUGCUCGCCCUCGCCCGCGUCCUCCAGCGCAGGCCUGCAGGCUCCGACUCCGGUUUUGGGUGCAGGCCUGGUGUGGUCUCCCGAGUGACUGAACAAUGCAGAAAGACAGUGGCCCGCUGGUGCCUUUACAUUAUCUUGGCUUUGGCUAUGCAGCCCUGGUUGCUACUGGUGGGAUUAUUGGCUAUGCAAAAGCAGGUAGUGUGCCGUCUCUGGCUGCUGGACUCUUCUUCGGGAGCCUCGCAGGCCUUGGCGCUUACCAGCUGUCGCAGGAUCCCAGGAAUGUGUGGGUUUUCCUAGCUACAUCCGGGACCCUGGCUGGCAUCAUGGGGAUGAGAUUCUACAACUCUGGAAAAUUUAUGCCUGCGGGUUUAAUCGCAGGUGCCAGUUUGCUGAUGGUUGCCAAACUUGGAAUUAGCGUGUUAAGUUCUCCUCAUCCAUAGCAGCCAAACCCCUCUUUGGGCUCAUGAAGAGUUGAAACUCUCCAAACUUCCACAUUUACAAUGUCUGAAGAAAAAAGUGCAGCACAUUUACAUAUUCUGACAUUUUUCCAAUGUACACCGAGCACAAUGAGGUGACAGUGAGCUUUUACUGUUGUAACUGCUCAGGGUAGCGAGUGUCUAACCUGGGAGCAGAUGUUGCCCUCAUGCAGUUUUAUUCUUGUGGGAUGGCAUCUCUCCUUUCUGUAAUAGUAGACAAGGGUAAAAUGUGGGGUGUCAGCACUGGGGGCAUCAGAGCCACGUGACCUGCCCAGAAGUGUGUGAAAUUUCUUGGUGACAUUUGUGAUGUGGGAUCUUUUGCAUAGCUCUGCUAAGAAAUUAUGUUAUAAUGAAAUACCAGUGAAAAUAAAGCUUACUAUUAAGAACA